ACUGCACAGAAAGUUACAGAGAGAGAGUUGUGAAGGUGCCCACCGAAUCAAAGUGCAUUUCUCUCUAUUUUUGUGGGUUACACAGAGAAAGGAACCGCAAAAGCCUGUCGUUAUAAGUCGCUCUCUCCAAAUGUGCGUCAUCAACACGAUAAUAAAGUCUCACUGGAUAUCUGUAUGAGUUUCUUCAGUGUCGAGCGUGCGGCACAGGUGAAGAUGGCGAAGGGACCGUCACGCGGAAUGUCGCUCUUCGCACCGGCGCUCGCGUGUUUAUCACUGCUGCUCGUGCGCGGCUCGUCGGCGCAGGAUUUGCCCACCAGCGGCGUAAACGGAUACAGUUUGCAUCCACCGUAUUUUAAUCUGGCAGAGGGGACAAAAAUCACGGCUACGACGACCUGUGGAGUGGACGAGAACGGACACCCGGUUCAAGACCUGUACUGCAAACUUGUUGGGGGGCCUGUGUCCGGAGACCCGAGUCAAACUAUUCAGGGCCAGUACUGUGACAUCUGUACCUCUGAAGACACAAACAGGGCUCACCCUAUCAGCAAUGCCAUCGAUGGAACCGAACGAUGGUGGCAAAGCCCUCCCCUCUCCCGCAGUACGAAAUACAACGAGGUCAACGUCACACUGGACUUAGGACAGCUCUUCCAUGUUGCUUAUGUGCUCAUUAAGUUUGCUAACUCCCCACGGCCGGAUCUCUGGGUUCUGGAACGCUCCAUUGACUUUGGGAAAACUUACCAGCCAUGGCAGUUUUUCUCCUCUUCGAAGAGAGAUUGUAUCGAGCGGUUUGGACAGAGGACUAUCGAGCGCAUAAACCACGAUAAUGACGUCAUCUGCACGACAGAAUACUCACGUAUAGUUCCUCUGGAGAAUGGAGAGAUUGUGGUGUCUUUAGUGAACGGGCGACCGGGUGCCAUGAACUUCUCAUACUCUCCCGUGCUGAGGGAUUUCACCAAAGCCACCAACAUUCGUUUCCGGUUCCUGCGCACCAACACACUGCUGGGUCAUCUGAUGGGCAAAGCUUUGAGAGACCCCACAGUCACACGAAGAUAUUAUUACAGUAUUAAAGACAUCAGCAUUGGUGGAAGAUGUGUUUGUAAUGGCCAUGCUGAGGCAUGUAAUGCUCAAGACCCCAAUGACCCGUACAAGCUUCUAUGCGACUGCCAGCACAACACUUGCGGCCCGUCAUGUGAUCGCUGUUGCCCCGGCUUCAACCAGUUUCCAUGGCAACCAGCUACUACUUACAGUGCCAAUGAAUGUGAAGCAUGUAACUGCCAUCGACACUCAUCGACGUGCCACUACGAACCAGAGGUAGAGCAGCAGAGAGCCAGUCUCAACAUGCAGGGCGAAUACAGGGGCGGAGGAGUGUGUGAAGACUGCCAGCAUCACACCACAGGUUAUAACUGUGAGCGCUGUGUACCUGGAUACUACAGGUCACCUGACCACCCUCUGGAGUCUCCAUUUGCCUGUUCAAAGUGUCAGUGUGAAUCCGAGUUUACUGAUGGCACAUGUGAGGAUCAGACCGGACGCUGUUACUGUAAACCAAACUACACGGGUGAGAACUGUGACCGAUGCGCUGAAGGAUACGAGCACUUUCCCACCUGUUACCAGGUCUACAUCAGUGGAGAGGCCAAACCUGCAGGGGAAAUCAUCAACUGUGAGUGCAACGCUGCAGGUACUGAAGGGAACUCCUGUCGGCCAGACCCUCGCACCAAUACAUGUGUGUGCAAACCUGAAUUCACUGGAGACCAUUGCGACACCUGCGCUCAUGGAUAUUUCGGCCAUAACUGCCAACGCUGCCAGUGUUCAGGCCAGGGUUGCCAGGAUGGGUCAUGUGAUGCAGGAACGGGUCAGUGUACGUGUCACCCCGGGUUUCAGGGUUAUUCAUGCGAGCAGUGCGCGCCCGGCUACUUCAACUACCCACUGUGCCAAUUUUGUGGCUGUAGCAUUGAAGGCUCUACUCCUGAGAUGUGUAAUUCAGCUGGUCAGUGUUUGUGCAAGCCGGAGUUUACUGGUCCUCGCUGUGAGCAGUGUCGCUCUGGCUCCCACUCGUACCCAGACUGCGAAGGGUGCACUUGUGACCCCCGUACAUCUCUGGACCCCAGCUGUAGCGUCUCAGGACAGUGCUACUGCAGGCCCAACUACAGCGGGCCCAGAUGCGACCAGUGCGCACCAGGAUACUACGGUUAUCCCAGCUGCAUACCAUGUCAGUGUUCAGCGGAGGGUUCUCGGUUCAGUUCCUGUGAUCUAGUGUCUGGUCAGUGUGUGUGUCUGCCAAACAUUGUGGGGCAGAGGUGCGAUAGCUGCAGUCCUGGAUCAUAUGACUUUCCGACCUGUGAAGCUGGGACCUGUAAUCCAUCAGGCUCUGUGCAGAAUGAAAUCCUGCCAUCCGUGGGUUCUUGUACAUGUCGGCCCUAUGUAGAGGGGGUGGCGUGUGACCGCUGUAAGCCUCUUUACUGGAAUCUUUCUCCUGAUACACCAUAUGGAUGCUCAGCUUGUGAUUGUAAUACAGUAGGAACUCUGAGCGGAGUAGCAGAAUGCACUCAGAGUACCGGCCAGUGUUACUGUAAACCCAACGUGUGCAGUGGAACCUGCUCCGUAUGCAAAGAAGGAUACUACAAUCUGCAAAAAGACAACUACUUUGGGUGCCAAGGCUGUCAGUGUGACAUCGGAGGUUCAGUUGGACAGGCGUGUGAUGACAGAUAUGGUCGCUGUCGGUGCAGGCCCAAUGUGGAGGGACCCAAAUGCAACCAACCUCGGCCAGAUCAUUAUUUCCCUGACCUGCACCACAUGAAGUUUGAGGUGGAGGAUGGCACCACCAUGGAUGGGCGUUCGGUGAGGUUUGGUUACAAUCCUCUGGAAUUUGAGAGCUUUAGCUGGAGGGGGUACGCACAGAUGUCUGCUAUACAGCCACGGGUUCUUGUUGAGGUGGUGGUUGGCUCCCCAGACCUGUUUCAUGUGGUCUUGCACUAUGUGAACCGCGGUGGCAUGGACGUCAGGGGGCGGGUCUCUGUGAUCGAGGACGGCAGGCACUUCAUGUGUGGUAAUUGCUCUGAGCAGUCCAAACAAAUCGUCUUUGCACCCAGUUUAGAACCCACAUUUGUCAACGUGCCCCAGAACAGUUAUGUGGAGCCAUUUGUCUUGAAUCCUGGCACCUGGACUGUUAUUAUAGAGGCAGAGGGUAUUCUGCUGGACUAUCUGGUGCUGCUGCCCAGCGCGUAUUACGAAGCUCCCAUCUUGCAGCUGAAAGUGACUGAACCUUGUACAUACAGCCAAACGCAGGAUGCCAGUCAAAACUGUCUGCAGUACAUGUAUCUGUCUCUGGAUGAGUUCCUGUCUAUCUCUGGAAAUGAGGCAAACUGUAGGUCUGAUAAUCAUCUUCCUCGGCCCUGCCACAAUGAAAAGAUCACUCCUCGACACCCAAGCAUGGCCAUAUGCAGCGGCAAUGAUAUAAGUGUUCAGCUGCGGGGUCGUGUGCCUGUUCCUGGAGAUUAUGUUUUGGUGGUGGAAUACGCCAGUGAAGAUGAAGCCCCUCAAACACUCAUUGUGUCUGUCAACUCACCAGGCGAACGUACUCACCAAGAACAAAUAACACUGCCACACUGCAAAUACAGUUUCCUGUGUCGCGCCGUGUCUGUAGACGACAUGAAUCGUGUGGCGGUUUUCACUCUCUCCACUGAGGCUGAUAUCCAGCUCAUGGCAGACAUAAGCAGUUUCUUCCUGCACAAAGUGUUCCUCAUCCCACGUGCUGAGUUCACCAUGGAGUACCUGAAGCCCAAAGUUCACUGCAUCAGCACACAUGGACACUUUUCUCCAGAUAGUGGCUCCUGUAUCCCGUCUCGCUUCCAGGAUCCUCCUCAGUCUUUGGUUCUGAAGGAGGGUCAGGCCUCCUCUGUGCCCGAGCCAGUUUUGGCUUCAGCCCCUGACCCCUCAUUCUAUGCAGACAGACCCUCAACCUCCGUACCACCAAAUGCAGCUGAUAACAAUGAACACAUGUUGCUGGACCCCAGUCAGAAUGCAGUAGUGUAUUCGACACGUGUGCACACAUUGGGUCGUUAUGUCUUCAUUUUGCACUAUCAUCAGCCCUUGCACCCAACCUACAACCUCCAGGUGUACAUCAACGGAGGACGCAUCUGGCAGGGUCAUGUCAACACAUCAUACUGUCCACAUGCUUAUGGUUGUCGUAGUGUUGUUAUGUCGGAGAACCAGAUUAUUCUGGAUGUGACUGACCAUGAGGUCAUUGUGACCCUGCGUGUACCAGACAAAAGGACAUUGUGGCUGGACUAUGUUCUGGUGGUACCGGAGAGCAGUUACAGCUCCAGCUUUUUGUCAGAGGAACUUUUGGACAAAUCCUAUGACUUCAUCAGCAACUGUGGACAAAACAGCUUUUAUAUCAAUCCUUCCACAGCGUCUCCAUUCUGCCGUAGCUCUGCUGCGUCUCUGUCCUCGUUCUUUAAUAACGGUGCUGUGCCCUGCGGCUGUCAUGAGGUGGGUGCAGAGAGCGACACUUGCGACACCUUUGGUGGACAGUGCCGAUGCAAACCCAACGUGAUUGGCCGAGACUGUUCUCAGUGUGCCACAGGCUACUACGGCUUCCCCAACUGCAGACCAUGUAACUGUGGUACACGUUUGUGUGAGCCCAUCACUGGUGAAUGUAUCUGUCCUCCACGAACCCUGGAGCCAGAUUGUGUCACCUGUCAGCCACAGACAUUUGGCUGUCAUCCUCUGGUGGGCUGUGAGAUGUGUAACUGCUCCAGACCUGGAAUCACCUCACAAGACAUCACCUGUGACACAAACAACGGCCAGUGCAGGUGCAAAAACAAUGUUGUCGGGCGUCAGUGUGACAGGUGUGCCCCGGGGUUCUAUGGGUUUCCAAACUGUAGACCAUGUAACUGCAAUGAGGCGGGAACUGAGAAAGAAGUGUGUGACCCCUUCUCCGGACACUGUUUAUGCAAGGAAAAUGUGGAGGGAUCUCGCUGUGACCGGUGCAAACUGGGAACGUUCCACCUGGACCCCACUAACACCAAAGGCUGCACCAAGUGUUUCUGCUUUGGAGCCACGGAUCGUUGCCAGAGUUCUGAUAAACGCAGGAAUGAGAUCAUGGAUAUGCGUGGUUGGGUGCUGUUAAGAAGUGAUAGACAGGAAGUGCCUGUAUCUGUGCACCACGAUCAAGAGCUAAUAGAGGCCGAUCUCAGUGAUGUACCUGACGUCUCACAGGAACUCCAUUGGCUCGGUCCCAGCGCUUACCUCGGGGAUAAAGUAUCGUCUUACGGAGGAUAUAUUCGCUACCGCUUGCACACGCAGACGAUGCGGGGUGAUGCCUUUCUUCCGGCAGAAACCUCUCGUCCUGAUGUUAUACUUAAGGGAAAUCAGAUGACUGUGGUGUAUAUGGAGAGGGAAUAUCCCUCCCCUGAAGAUCCCCAUGAAGGAAUUGUCCAUCUGGUUGAGGAGAGCUUCAGGCAUGCUCAGACGGGUAACUCUGUGUCCCGUGAGGAGCUGAUGAUGGUUUUGGUGGCCCUGGAGUCCCUGCAGAUCAGAGCGCUUCAUUCUCAAUCUGCCCAGUCGGUGUCGCUGCGUGCCGCUGUGCUGGAGGGGGCUGAAAACCUGCCCUCCGGUCGCCAUGCCAACAAUGUAGAAAUUUGUCUUUGUCCAGGAAACUACCUGGGAGAUUCCUGUCAGAAAUGUGCUCCAGGCUACUACAGGGACACUAAAGGACUGUUUCUUGGAAAGUGUGUUCCCUGCAACUGUAAUGGUCACUCUGAUGAGUGCCUGGAUGGAUCGGGUAUAUGCGUGAAUUGCCGUCACAACACUGCAGGAGAUCAUUGUGAGAAGUGCCAGGGUGGCUUUCAUGGCAACAACACUAUUGAUGGGCAUGCAGUGUCUUGCUCCAGCUGUCCCUGCCCAAUGCAGGUGGCAUCAAACAAUUUUGCCAUUCGCUGUGUGGAGAGGCGCAAUCUUAUGCAGUGUCUGUGCAUGCCUGGUUAUGCUGGAUCCAAGUGUGAAAGGUGCGCACCUGGCUACUAUGGAAACCCUAUGGUGAUUGGCAGUACGUGCCAACCAUGCAACUGCAAUGGAAACUCAGACUCCAACAUGCUGUUCAGCGACUGCCAUCCUUUGACAGGAGAGUGUCAGAGCUGCAUGCACAACACUGCCGGUGUGCACUGUGAAAUCUGUGCCCCUGGUUUCUAUGGUGACGCUCUCAAUGCUAAGAACUGUACCAGAUGCAACUGUUCCCCCUGUGGCACUGCGCAUUGUGACCCUUACACCGGGCAGUGUCACUGUAAGCCUGGUGUUGUAGGUGCCCAGUGUGACCGCUGUGAGAAUGGUGGGUUCGGGUUUGAUUCGUGCACUGGCUGCCAAAAGUGUGAUUGCGAUGCGGCAGCGGCACUGGUUCAGCCGUGUGAUCCUGUCAGCGGAUCGUGUUCCUGUCAGUCUGGAGUUAAUGGACCAAACUGCCGUCAGUGUGCACCAGGGUACUGGGACUAUGGUCCUAAUGGCUGCAAGAAGUGUGAUUGUAAGGGCAGUCGCUGUGAUCCUCGCACAGGGGAGUGUCACUGUGGAGAAGGUCUAACAGGAAAACAGUGUGACACGUGUGUUGACAGACACAGUGUCCCUGUGCAACACGGGACAGAUAUGUACUGUGAACCAUGCGACAACUGUGUGAUGGUUCUGCUGGCUGAUCUGGACAAAAUAAAUCAGCUUUUUGAGAAUGUUACCGAGCAGACGACCAAUCUGAACACCAGCUCCUUCGCCUGGACUCAGUUAAACCAACUUAAUGUGUCUAUGGAGGCUAUUGCUAAUGCUAUAGCAAACUAUAACAGCACUCUGGAUGAGAGCAGAAAUCGGGCCAACAUGCUUGAAGUAGACCUCCAACUCACUGAUUCAGACAUUAAAAAGUUAGAGGACAAGGCCUCAGUUACACAAAAGAAGGUAACAGAUGUCGUAGACAGCACCAACUCAACAUACAACAGAGCACAAGACUUACUCGGCUUUAUCAAGAAUAUCAUGGGAAAUGUGCAAGACAUUAUACAACAUGUAAACCUGACAGCACAGAAUGAAAGCAAAACAAUGGAUGACUAUGAACUUGCUCGGAAGAUAGAUGAGGUCGAGUCGAUGCUCAGAGACAUGCGCUUCAAAACAUUUGACUUUCAGAAGACACUAGCAAAAAAUGAACUGGACAACGCCAACAACUUGGUAGAUCGUGUGGAGAAAGACAUGGCCAACCGUACACUGAAUAAUGAGGCUCUGGCAAAGGACGUCAAAAACAAACUAAAACAGUUUAACCAGCAACUGAUGGACCUGAAAGAUGCUCUCAAUGAGGCGGUCAAGCAGACAACACAAACUGCAGAGAACAAUAAGAAUAAUGAGAAACGCCUGGAUGAGCUUCAGAAAAUAAUCAAUAAGUUGCUGGAGAAGCAGAAGGAAGUGGAGCAGCAGUUACAGAUGGCAGAAGAUGAUGUCACCAAAGUCAAUGAUCUGCUCUCAAUGCUUAAGGACUCUAAAGAGGAAUACGAGAAUAUGGCUGCUGAGCUGGAUGGGGCGAGGACGCAGCUGAAUGAGACGUUGGAGAAGUACGCCCCAUCUGCCAGUAAAAUCCUCCUGGUGGAGAGUGCAGAGAAACAUGCUGAAAUGCUCGACCAGCUGGCCAGGAAUCUUUCCAGUCUGAUAUCAGGCUCAAACCAGGAUGGAUUCAUCCAGCGAGCUCUGAAUGCAUCUCGUGCAUACACCAACAUUAUAGACAGUGUACAGGAAGCUGAGGUCGCGGCCAAGAAAGCCAAUGAAUCUGCAACAGAGGCUCUGAAGAAAAUAAAUGACAGCGAUCUGGCCCAAACCGCUGCUUCAAUGAAGAACCAGAGUACUGAUCUUCUGACAAAUGCAGAGGAGCAAAAGAACAUCAGUGAAGGUCUGAAGCCCCUCGUGGAUUCCAUAAAGAAGAAUUUGAGGAAGGCUGUGAAUAAGAAAGACAAGCUGCUCGAAGACCUGAAGAAGAUCAAAGACAACCUCAACAUCAGCCGAGACGACAUAGCGAAGAACAUCGCAGACGCUAAGAGCGCAGUGGAGCAGGCUAACAACACGGCAACUAACGUCACCGACACGCUGGCUCCAUUAAAGAAACAGCUAGAGGAAUGGCAGAAGCAAUAUGGAGAUUCUAACGCAACCAACGAUGAUAUCAACAAGGCACUAAAUGACGCCAACGCAUCAGUGACGGCCCUGAGCGACACUCUUCCAAAGCUCAUGAAGAAGCUGGACCGUCUGCAAAACACCACACUUCAGCCGUCCAACAUCUCAGACAGCAUCCAGAGGAUCCGACAGCUCAUCGAGCAGGCUCGCAAUGCCGCCAACAAGGUGGGCGUUUCCAUGCAGUUUAAUGGUAAAUCUGGAGUACAGGUGAGGACGCCCAGUAAUGUGGCUGAUCUGGCAGGAUAUUCAAAUCUACAAAUGUACGUCAAGCUCCCUCGUCCGAACCGCAGACGCCGGCAGGCCGAACCCGACAAACCCCAGUUUGUCUUCUAUCUCGGCAAUAAAGACUCUACUAAAGAUUAUAUGGCAAUGAUGCUGGAAGGUGCAAAGCUGCGCUGGUACUUUAACGUGGGAGGAGAUACAGCUAAUGUUUUAAUGGACAUGAGUGUGAACAUGGAUUACUUUAACCAUCUCGUCCUAGAGAGGACUCUCCAGUACGGUCAGAUGGCAAUGGCCACUGAUUCAGAAGGCACAAAAAUAACAAAGGCAAGCUUGAACGCAGGAGGUGAAUAUGGCUUACUUAACCUCCCGGCCGAGGAGACUGUAUUUUAUGUCGGCGGUUACCCCAGCACCUUUAAUCCUCCAGAGAUUCUGAAUGCUACGACAUCGAACUUCUUCAAAGGUUGCGUUGAGUUGCUGAGUCUGAACCAGAAGCUCAUCAGUCUCUAUAACUUCGAUCAGACGUUUGAAUUGAACACCACAAUUGACCUGCCUUGUUCAAGGAAAAGGCCAGUAAACACACCAGAUUGGGUUGUUGACGGUGUGUAUUUCGAUGGCUCGGGUUACGUUGAAGUUUUGUUCAAUGUGCCGAGCACCGACACGCAGAGGUUUGAGCAGCAGGUCAAACUCGUCUCACAAAACGGAAUUCUCAUGUUGUUCCUCAAUGGGGAUAAGUAUGUGUGCAUUGCCAUUCAUGAAGGUCUUCUCAAAGUCUUCUUUAAUGUUAAUGGAACACUGGCACUAGAGCCUUUAAAAGAGAUGGAUUCAUCUAAAAUAGCAAUUGGAAACACUCAGUCGAAAUUUAUGAAUGUCUACCUUCAAAGAAAACAAAAAAUGGUAGUGAGGAUAGAUCGUGUCAUCAUCUACACCCUAACAAGCGAAGAACUUAUCUUCCCAGGCCGCUACUUCCUGGGUGGAGUGCCUGAUGAUGAGAUGCCAGAGGGGCUGAGGAGUAUUUUCCCUAACGGUGGCUCCAUAAAGGGCUGUCUCAGGCACAUCAAGGCUCUUCAAAGCUUCGUUCAGAUCAAGAUCAUGAAGAGCGCAGGAAUCAGCUACGGUUGCCCCGAAGAUCUCCUGUUAACUCGUGAGGCUCAUUUCACCGGUGAUGGUUAUCUGGGAUUACAACUGGCUGAUGUACCGGAUAUCCAAGACAAUUUUUAUGCCGGUGUCGGCUUCAGAACAGAGCACCAGGACGGGCUCAUGUUUUAUCAUCAAGGCCAGAGCGCUGUGUGUCAGGUUCUCUUAGACAAGGGUCAUGUAGUUAUUAACAAUGGCAAAAAAGAGGUCCGGUCACAGAAGACCUACAAUGAUGCCAACAGUCACUAUGUAGCCUUUUACAGCAAACCAGAUGGGUUGCGCAUUUAUAUAGACGAUGUGCUUGAGUCUGGUGAAGAGACCGGUGGUGACAGCAGAGUAACCAGCAGGGCGGCGCUGCAGCCUGAUAUGACUUAUGUGGGUGGGCUUCCUGAAUCAAGCGACAUCCCCAACAUCACCGGCUGCAUCAGCAACUUCUUCAUAAAGAGAACGGUUGAUAUGCAGAACGUGGAGGAUCUGAUAAAAGCUAAGGACAGUAAAAGUUACGCAUUUCAGUGUCCGGCAUCGUCAAAGCCACUGGAGAUUAUAGACACUCCACGGAAAAAGAGCACAAAGAAGCUUAAAGCAGUUUCAAGAAGUCGUAUGGCACAGGGUUCCUGCCAGCCUGAGAUGUCUGUCGAGGAGGCCGACGCCCUCCAUUUCAGUGGCUCCUCCCACAGCCACCUGCGUUUCGAUGAUCUCCCUCAGGCUUUUAGCAAAUCGCCUCACAUCUCUCUCAGCAUGCGUGUGAACUCUUCGAGUGGGAUGAUCUUCCACGUCGCCGGAGGGAAGAACCAGAGAACCAUGACGCUGUCUCUGCAUGACGGCAACCUGAUGCUGCUGGUGAACGGAGGAAAGAGGAAGACCACCAUACGCAGCAAGAAGAAAUACAACGACGCCCUGUGGCACACGGUGUUCGUGAAAGUGGAAGACGAUCGGGCGUCUCUGACGGUGGAUGGAAUCGACGUUCAAAAUAAGAGAGCACCAGGUGGAGGAAGAAACAUAUUUGGAGGUCCGCUUUACAUCGGUGGACUUCCUUCAGACCACACUGCAGCUACGCCUGGUUUUAUUGGCUGUGUGAAGGAUGUGAAACUGAAUGAGGUGGCGCUUCAGAGGCCGUCUCACAGUAUAGGAGUGAUACCCUGCUACCAACAACCCCUUCAGCCCGGUGUUUACUUCUCCAGUCAGGGAGGACAUCUGAUCAUUGACGAGUCACUGGUGUUGGCUCAAGAUCUGGAGAUCCUUUUGGAGGUUCGGCCCGUUUCUGAUUCUGGCCUCCUGCUGCACGCCGGAGCCAAGAAGAGUCAACAGCUGAGUGUUUACCUCGAUCAGGGCCAGGUGACCGUGUUAGUGAACAGUGGAAGUGGAGAGUUUUCAGUGAAUCUCAGACCAGAAGAGUCCAUCUGUGAUGGAGUUUGGCACAGUUUAGCAAUUGUGAAGAAGAGUAAUGUAAUCCAGUUGCAUGUGGAUGCAUCGAGUGAACAUGGAGUCGGUCCAAAACUAAACCGAUCUAAUGGAGGCAAAGAGACCGUCUAUCUCGGGGGUGUACCAGGUACUAUCGUAGUUCCAGGUCUUCCGUCUGAUCUUUCGUCUUUCCAUGGAUGUGUGAGGAAGGUCAAAUUGAAUAACAGGGACAUCACGCUCUCAAAACCUCUUUCGGUGUCUGGAGCCGUGGGGACUCAAGGCUGCCCCGUCUCAUAGUCCACAACUACAUUACCCAUUAAACACACUGACACUAUCAGAUCAGAAGGUGGUGGGUUUACGUUACAGUUUAACUUAAGAUAUUUAUUUAUCAUGACACCCAUAUAUGCAAGUUUUUUAUUCAAAAUGAGCACUGUAAGUGCAGAGAAGCCACUGAUUAAAUAAAUAUAUCUGUUUAAAGCUGUAAGCAGGGCUUCAUAUGAAUACUGAAGCUGAUAUUGUACCAGAUUGAAAACAUUCCCUAGAUACAAUCAUGAAUCAAUUUGCUCAUCUGGAUAUUAACUGUGACCAUUCACCAUGAAAUGAGUUUUAUGGUACUUUUAAAAACACUGGAGUUCAGUUUACUUUGGAUGUGAUACUCUGAGAUACCUCAUUUACUGUAUGGCACCUUUAUAUUUUAUUAUCUAAAAAAAAAAAAAUAAUCACUGGAGUUAAAACUCUUUUGUCAUUUUCUCUCAUUCCCUUCAACUAUAGCUAUUGUAUUGACAAUAAACAAUUCCUUACAUUA